CCCACGUGUUCUUUGCCAUCCAGCGGCUGCGCCGGCCGCCGUGACCCCGACCCUCUGCCCCCUGGACUCCACUGGCAGCGCAGCCCCCCCAGUCUCGUACUGUUGUCGGAAGCGAGAGUCUGUGCUUAAAUAAGAAAUCAGGCCUCACUGGAGACAUUCAAGCAAAAGUUGGACAACCAGUUUUCCAGAACAGAAAGGAAACUCAUGCAUCAAAAAAGGUGACUAAUAAACAUACCGAAAGAAUAUGGCUGCACAAAUGCCAGAAACUGAUCAGAUAAAACAGUUUAAAGAAUUUCUUGGAACCUACAAUAAACUUACAGAAACCUGCUUUUUGGACUGUGUUAAAGACUUCACAACAAGAGAAGUAAAACCUGAAGAGACCACCUGUUCAGAACAUUGCUUACAGAAAUAUUUAAAAAUGACGCAAAGAAUAUCCAUGAGAUUUCAGGAAUAUCAUAUUCAGCAGAAUGAAGCCCUGGCAGCCAAAGCAGGACUCCUUGGUCAGCCACGAUAGAGUCCUGAAGGACAGACUUUCCAUCGAAGACUGCCAACAGCUGUUGCUCUGGAAAUGAGGAUUCAUCUGACAGAAUCCCCUGAAACCAGCAGCCGCCAUGUUAACCAUCUGUCAUGACUGCUUGGCAAAUGGAAACCACUGGAGAAACAAAAUUGCUAUUCACCAGGGAUAAUCAAAAUAGAAGGUUCGAUGAAAACAGUAAGAUGCAAAUUUGUUGAGGCCUUAUGAUUCAGGAGCUUAGUCAUGUGAUUAGAAAAAUAAACCAUUAUUUCUUCAAUUGUGACUAUUAAUUUUAAAGCAAAAUAUGUGUUCAAUCAUGAAUGAGAUAGAAAAAUUUUUUAUUACUAAAAGUAAAAUAAAUGGAAGUGUCACUGAGCAGUUGUUUAUAUUGUAUAGUACCAUAUGAUUCUGACUGGACUGUGGAGACGUUGAAAUGUUUUUCAAUCAGGAUCAUCCUCCAAGUAUUCCUGUUCAUUCAUGUCUGCCUCAAAUUGCUGGUAAACACAUAAAAGGGUUACUUGCUAAUUAUUUCAAUGAACGAUCCUUUUCUUGCCUCACUUGUGUCAGGGUGGGCAUUACACAUUCUAGCUGCAUUUUCAUAUAUAUGUCCUCCAGAAACAGCCCAUCUGAGACUAGCUUGGGAAUGUUUAAGAGUUGACUGUUAUGCUCUACUGGAGUCUUGUGUUUUAUGCAAAAGAUGAGAACAUGAAUGAUUCUGAGUUAGACCAGCAACUAUAUUUUCAGCAGUGACAUCUGAUCAGUGUAAUAAAAAGCAAACUAAAGUUAGUGUCUUGUGGCUAAAUGAAUCCUAAAAUAAAUACAAGCAUUUUUAGGAAAUUCUAAUUGGUGCGUAAGCGUAACAAGCAGUUUAGUAAAUGUAAGUGGAUUAACACCUAUUAAUGAAUAUGCUUAUCAGUGGAUUUCAUUUGAUAUCAAUCUCAAAUUGUACUUAAGAAAACACUGAAUAGCCUAUAUGUUUAAAUUUACCAAAGUGAUAUCUAUGUUUUGUCAUACUAAUGCAAAGUGGAAGUGUUGUUCUGCUUUGAUAAUUUACUGUUUUCUAUGUUACAUCUAAUUUUUAAUCUACUAGGUCAUUUAAAUAACAACUCCAUUGACAUUACAGUCAGUAAUUGUGGUACCUUUGAAAGCACAAAGACAAAAGAUUAACAAUGCUGUUUUUAAAACUGAGAUGCUGAAACAUGUAUAAUACUCAACAAAAUAUACAAUACAUUAGUCAAACAAACAUGAAAGUAUUGGCUUGUUUCACCUUAAGGCAAGAAAGGCAAUCAAAAAAUAGAGAUGUGGCUCAUUUAAAACUUUGGGCCAUUCACACACAUACUUUAUAGUUUGUGUACUCAAACCCAAUACAGUUAUUCUGUUCAUUUCACAGAGAUAAUUAAAUAUGUGCUCACCUGGCAAAUAAGGGGAAUUUUGUGUAACAGCAUCUCAAAUACCUUGGGAGGCAGUGUGUGUUUAAAAACCUUCAGAAGUUCCCUUGGUUGCCUACACACUAAAAGAGCAUUGCUGAGAUGUUCAACCCCCAUUCUGUGCUCUCCUGAAACAGAGAAGUUCAGAGCAACAUUUUAAUGUUCCUUAAAAUAUACAUUAUACAGAUUACCAAGAAACACCAAGCAUUAAAACUCAAAAAGCGAAUCAAAAUAAAGGCUAAGUAAACAAGUCUCAUAAAGGGUAUAAAUGUGGGGGGAAAUAUUGAGCUGCCAGUUAGAUUUACUGUGGUUAAGGUGAACUAUGAGUUACUUCAUGACCUAAAUUACAGUAAGUGUACUCUAAAAGUCUGUUCUUGCUUUGGAAAUACAUAUAAGCUACAAUUUGGGUAUUCAGAAGGUGGGUACUGGCUUUUUUAAAGAUUGUGUUCUGUUAAUUGACAUGAGGCAGGUUUUCUUUACACAUGUAACGGCUAAAAUUGUAGAUGAAACAUCUGUUUUUCUGGCUAAAAUGACACUUUAAAAAUUGAGUUUAUUGUCACCUGAAACAAGAUUUAGUGAAACCUGAAUUACAUAUCCAGGAGAAGAAAAUGAGAGAUUUCAUUUCUAAGUAAAUUUUUAAAAUGAGUUUUAGGAUGAUUGGCAAUAAAGAAAGAAUGAAAAUUUGUGAAGAGUAGAAAUUAACCAUAGAAUUUCUGUUUUAAGUUAGAACAUGAAAUCAGUCUCACCUUGUUUUGGGAAACUGAGGCAAAGAUCAAUGAAAUGAUUCAAGGUUUCAAAGCUAAUUAAUGCCAAAAUCAGUAAUAGAACCUAAUGUUCUGAACCUUGAGACUUGAGUGUGCUGCAUCUCUUCCAGUGUUAAGCAAUAAUAGAAAUUGAAAUUGUGACAUAUAUUUAAUAUAACUAGGAAAUAAAAUACAUUUCACUCUAGUUAAAUAUAACAUUACAUUCUUAUUCAUGGAAAUUAGUUUUCCAUUUGUUGAUUGAAAUACAUGAUUGUAUAAAAGGUGCAUGGUGGACACAAAAAAAUGUUCCCCAGAGUUUCGUAUUAUGCUUAAAAACUGAGAAAGACAUGACCUAACUUAGACACAUCGACAAAACAAGCCUUGUUGAUAAUGUAGGUUUUAUGACUUAAGGUUUUUUGUCUAUAGACAUCUCAUUUUAUAUUUUUAAAAGAUUUUAUUCAGUUAUUUAGAGAGAAGGGAAAAGUAGGGAGAAAGGGAGAAAAACAUUGAUCGUUUGCGUCUCGCACACCCCCUACCAGGGACCAGGCCCACAACCCAAGCAUGUGCCCUGACCGGGAAUCAAACCAGCAACUUUUAGCUGAGCCACCAUGCCAGCCAGGGCUAAUUUUACUUUUUUUUUUUUUUACUUGUUCUUUUUUUUAAUUUAUAAAUCAUGUUUAUUCUAUUACAGUUGUCUCAAUUUUUCCCCCUUUACUCCCCUCCACCCAUCCAACCCCCAUCCCCCACUCCCACAGUCAAUUUCCACUCUUGUCCAUGUCCAUGGUGAUUCAUACAUGUUCUUUGUCUAGUCCCUCUUCUUUCCCCCAUUGUCCUCUUUCCCCAUCCCCUCUGGUCACUUCCAGUCUGCUCCAUGUUUCCGUGCCUGUGGUUUAUUUUGUUCAUUAGUUUAUUUUGUUGAAUAGAGUCUACUCAUAGGUGAGAUCAUAUGUUGUUUGUCUUUCAUCAACUGGUUUAUUUCACUUAGCUUAAUAUUCUCCAGUUCCAUCCAUGUUGUUACAAAAGGUAGGAGUUCCAUCUCUCUUUCUUAACUGAAGAUUGAUUUUAUUUAUUUUUUUAAAUGUCAAAGUUAAUUAUAAAAUAUUUAAAAAAUUUAAAACCAUUUUAAAGUCUCAGCAAUUAAACCAACAUGACCCCAGCACAGAAAUAAUCAAGUAGAUCAAUGAAAUAUAAUGAACAUUCUAGAGACAAAUGUAUAUAUCUAACAAUAUAAUAUAUGAUCAAGUUGGUAUUUCAAGUCAAUGGGUAAAAUAAGGUUUAUUCAACAAAUAAGGUGCAUGGACCACUAUUACUUGAAAUAAAACAAAUAUAGAGCCCUAUUUCACACAUUAUACAGGAAAUAUUCAGGUGAGUUAAAAAUAUGUAGAAUCUAAGUUUUAGAAGAAAAUAGAACUAAUGUUUUUCAUGACCUGAAGUAAAAUAUUCAAACUCAGAAGCUAUAAAGUAAAUAUUGGCAAUAUGACUACAUUAAACAUUUAAGACUGUACAGUAAUAUAAAAAAAGUUAAAGGACAAGGAAUAGAAUAGGAAAGUACUUGCAACACAUCUAAAACAUGGUUAAUAUGGUUUU